AUGGGUUUCUUCGAGAAGGAGAGGGCAGUGAGGCACAGUUCCCCGCCCCCCGACGCCCCUCGCGAUGUCCCUCCUUCUUCAACUAACCCUGUGCAGAGGAGCCGUGAGAGCCAGGAACUUAUGGGUUUCUUCGAGAAGGAGAGGGCAGUGAGGCACAGUUCCCCGCCCCCCGACGCCCCUCGCGAUGUCCCUCCUUCUUCAACUAACCCUUUCCAGAGGAGCCGUGAGAGCCAGGAACUUAUGAGGUUUGAAGUGAGGCAUAGUUCCCCGCCCCCCGACGCCCCUCGCGAUGUCCCUCCUUCUUCAACUAACCCUGUCCAGAGGAGCCGUGAGAGCCAGGAACUUAUGAGUUUUGAAGUGAGGCAUACUUCCCCGCCCCCCGACGCCCCUCGCGAUGUCCCUCCUUCUUCAACUAACCCUGUCCACAGGAGCCGUGAGAGCCAGGAACUUAUGAGGUUUGAAGUGUCUGUGUGGUGCAGCUGGUCUGGUCUGUCUCUAUACAGUCCAGGCUGCACCCGCCUACAAAAGGUGGAGGCUCACCAGGACAUGCACACCUCACAAGUUCCUGGCUCUCUCGACUCGGUUGAAGAUGGGUUUCUUCGAGAAGGAGAGGGCAGUGAGGCACAGUUCCCCGCCCCCCGACGCCCCCCGCGAUGUCCCUCCUUCUUCAACUAA